GGUUCGCAAAGCGCGAUCCCUCAGUCGGGAUGCCGGCCGCGUACCCUCUCCUCCAUUUGGUACCGUGAUGUUCAGUGAACGUGUGAAGCGUGUUUUAGAGACCAUUGGGAACCGUUCGCGGUUCUUCACCACGAUUUUCCUGGUUUCGACGUUCGCAGCAAGUGUUUGGACGGAUAACUCCACCGGUUCCGAGGGACCGAGUUUUACUGUGCCAAUAACAAACGUGACGAUCCCAUUGGGCAGAGAAGCUGUACUCGCUUGCGUUGUUGCAAACCUUUCUGCCUUCAAGGUAGCAUGGUUGCGAGUGGAUACACAAACUAUUUUAACAAUAGCUAAUCACGUGAUUACAAAGAAUCAUAGGAUUGGAGUAACGCAUACUGAGCGAAAAACAUGGCAUUUACACAUACGCGACGUGAGCGAAUCCGAUCGAGGUGCCUACAUGUGUCAAAUAAACACCGAUCCGAUGAAGAGUCAAACCGGUUACUUGGAUGUUGUAGUUCCGCCCGAUAUUUUAGACUAUAUGACAAGUACGGAUAUGAUAGUCAGAGAAGGAAGCAACGUUACAUUACGUUGCGCUGCUAAAGGAUCUCCAACUCCAAAUAUUACAUGGAGAAGAGAAGAUGGAGAAACUAUACUCCUUGGAAAUGGUGAAGAAGUGAGAAUUGUGGAAGGAUUUAUUUUCAAUAUCACUAAGAUAAAUCGAUUGCAAAUGGGUGCAUAUCUGUGCAUCGCUUCAAAUGGUAUACCACCUACAGUCAGUAAAAGAAUAAUGCUUACAGUACAGUUUAGUCCAAUGAUUUCAAUCCAAAAUCAAUUGGUCGGAGCACAAGAGGGACAAAGGAUGACUUUGGAGUGUAAUUCGGAAGCUUUCCCAAAGUCGAUCAAUUAUUGGACAAAGGAAAACAACGAAAUUAUAAAAAAUGGAGAAAAAUACAACCAAACUUUCUCAUAUAAUGAGUAUAAAGUACACAUGAAACUUACGAUAUCAUCGGUGGAAAUGUCCGACUAUGGAACAUACAAAUGCAUAUCAAAGAAUUCUCUAGGGGAAACAGAUGGCAGUAUUAAGCUGUAUCAUAUUCCAACACCAACGACACAGCCGAGAACUACAACUACUACUCCAGCCUCCACUAGUGAAGAAGUUGAAAAUAUUCAAAAUUCUCGACAAAGGCCAGAACCGAGUGUAGAACCUAGUCCACACCAAAUAACUGAUUCGUCGUUGCCUAACAUCGGUAGAACCGAUGAUAUACGGCUUCAUGGUAGGGCGAACAGCGGUAGCUAUAACGAUGGUGAAAACGCUGUAGUAACAAAAGGACGAAAAAGCAUCGACGGCGAGGUACGACCACGAAGAAUCGACAACACGGCACAAUCGAUGUCAUCCAGGGGUUCUAGUUCGAAUUUUCUGGUACAAUCUACAGCGGCCAUCUGCAUAAUCCUACUAUCUGCCCUGUCGUAGUCAUGUCAGUGUCUACCAGCGAAAAGAACGGUUAUUCGAGGAAAAUCCUUCGGGGAUCAAGAUUCGUCCUGUUCAUCGUCAUUUAUCUCAUCCGCGAAAGGGAUCAAUUAAUGGGUGUGCUUCGAUGCCGCAAAUUUAUCGACAACUAUUGCCUUUGUCGUCGUUGUGACUGAAAUCAACGAAACAGUUUUUCUUGUUGUAAACUUUGCACUAAUGUUUGCAAAUUAGGCGAUUAAUGGAAUUUCUAGUAAUACCACUGACGAGAUACUGCGCCUCGUUGGUGAUAAUACAUUUGAAUACUUGUACCAGAUAUUCGGCAAUGUGAUUACACCUUUGCGUAUUCGCAGAAGUUCGUAGACUCUAGCUGUAACUCAACAAAUUGUACAAUUCACUUAGUAAUCUGCUCGUUACACGUAAUUCGUCCGUGAAUAAUCAUUUUAAGUUUUUCGAAAAUUUAGACUAUAAUUUAACUUCAAUAGCUAUUUUUUUCCUAGCUAUUCUUAGUUAUUCUUUUUAGAAAUACAGAUAUUAUUCUGUGUCCACGAUUCGUAUAUAUAUAUAUGAAAUA